UUAAUUCACGUGGUUUCGUGCUUAACACUUUUGAAACGUAGAAAUCCAUGGUACUCACACGCUUCACUCGUGCGAUCAAUCCCUCUUAAAUCUUCCUUCUUCCAUAAACAGUUUCUUCUUCUUCUUCUUUUCUCCAUCACACCGUAACUUGCUUUCUCAACCCAAUUCAUUUUAUCCUUUCCAUCUAAACGCUCUCCGAUCACCACAAAACCCUUCCGAUGUCGAUAAAAACCGUUAAAGUCGGCAAUGUUUCCUUGGGAGCAACCGAGCGGGACAUUCAAGAGUUCUUUUCUUUUUCUGGGGACAUUGCAUAUGUUGAACUACGGAGUCAUGAUGAACGAUCGCAAACUGCUUAUGUUACCUUCAAGGAUUCACAGGGAGCUGAGACUGCAGUAUUGCUAUCGGGAGCAACAAUAGUCGACCUGUCAGUUAAUAUAACUCUGGAUCCAGAUUACCAGCUUCCACCUGAGGCCCUGGUUUCACCCGUAAGUGAAAGCAAAACUCCUGGUGGUGCUGACUCUGCUUUGCGGAAGGCAGAGGAUGUAGUCACCAGCAUGGCAGCCAAAGGCUUUAUCUUAGGCAAAGAUGCUGUCAACAAAGCAAAGACUUUUGAUGAGAAGCUCCAGUUAUCAUCGAAAGCCUCAGCAACAGUUGCAUCUGUUGACCAAAAACUCGGGCUUAGUGACAAAAUAGGUGCUGGUGCUUCAGUUGUGAGUGAUAAAGUUCGAGAAGUGGAUCAAAAGUUUCUGGUUUCAGAAAAGACAAAAUCAGCAUUUGCAGCUGCGGAACAGACAGUCAGUACCGCUGGUUCUGCCAUAAUGAAGAAUCGCUAUGUACUUACUGGGGCCUCUUGGGUAACGGGUGCUUUUAACAGGGUGUCUAAGGCAGCUGUGGAAGUAGGUCAGAAAACAAAAGAGAAAGUGGAGAAUGCAGAACAGCAAGAGAAGCGACAGGUUGAAGAUCAGUAUGCACAGGUCCUUUCCGAACCCUCAAAAGCAGCAGCAGCAGCAAGUGAGCAGCAGUCUUCCAAGCCUGGUCCUGCUCCUGCUCAGGGUUUGAUCCUUUGAUCUGCUUCUUCCGUAUAUAUUUAUCUUGUUUGAAACUCCUGCAGACUGUUUCCAGACUAUCUUGUAUUUGUUUUUUUGCAAAUUGGAUGUGAAUGAACGAUAGGUUUGACCAGUUACAUGGACCAAUUUGCUAUUUAAUUUUCUUUUGUAAGAUAAACUGGAUUUCCUAGGUGUUAGAUUAUAUAUUUCUCCUAUUUU